AUGGCUGGUGUAGCAAAAUUAUUUGAUGGUCAUAUUCUUGAUAAAUCGAAUGGAUCAAUUGACCUUAACGAUGAAAAAUAUAAAGGCAAAGUAAUUGGUCUUUAUUUUAGUGCUCAUUGGUGUCCACCAUGUCGUGGUUUUACACCAGUAUUAGUUCAGUUUUAUAAUUCACAUGCAAAAGAUAAAAAUUUUGAAAUAAUAUUUAUAAGUUCUGAUCGUGAUGAAAAUUCAUUUAAUGAAUAUUAUAAAGAAAUGCCAUGGUUAACAUUAGAUUUUAAAGAUCGUAAAAAAAAAGAAGAACUAGGAAAAAAAUUUAAUAUUACUGGUAUUCCAACAUUAAUUUUAUUGGAUGGAGAUUCAGGCGAGAUUAUAUGUAGUGAUGCACGUAGUCAACUUCAAUUCGAAGAUAAGAACGGAGAAAAAUUUCCGUGGAAGUCAUCAUAA